CAUUGCCCGGGCCCUGGCCGGCCAGCCCUCUCCACCCGGUACCCGGGCAGCGGCCCCGCAGCCGAGCGUCCAUCUGCCUUCGGACCCAGCGAGGGAGCUCCGGGGGCCCCGGCCGGCCCACUCCUCCGGGAUGCGAGUCCCUGCACCGACGCCCGGCAGGGGCGGGCACCCGCGCAACUGCUCCGGGUGCACCGGGAGGCUGCUGUUGCCGGGACCCCCGCGCCCGGCUGAGCCCAGCCCGGCGGGCCCCUAAGGCCACCGCCCGGAACGCACUGCCGGGGUUCCGGAGCCGCCGGGGCGCCCUUCCCAGCCUCGGCCCCUCUGGCGGUCCUCCCUGGCCUGGACCCAUGGAGCCCGGGGUGCUGGCCCCGCACAGCCUUCCUCACCACGAGCCAAUCAGCUUCGGCAUCGAUCAGAUCCUGAGCGGCCCUGAACCCCCCGGGGGCGGCCUGGGACCGGGUCGCGCGGGCCAGAGCCCAGGGGAGAGCGCAGCGUUCUCGGGCGGAUUCCACGGAGCCUCGGGCUAUGGCCCCGCGGGUUCCCUGGCUCCGCUGCCCGGCACCUCCGCAGUGGGCCCGGGCGGCGUGAUCCGCGUACCGGCUCACCGCCCGCUGCCCGUGCCACCCUCGGGGGGCGCCGCCGCGGUGCCGGGACCCUCGGGUUUGGGCGGCGCCGGGGGCCUAGCGGGCCUCACCUUCCCCUGGAUGGACAGCGGCCGCCGCUUUGCCAAGGACCGGCUCACGGCUGCGCUCUCGCCCUUCUCUGGGACGCGCCGCAUCGGCCACCCGUACCAAAACCGCACGCCCCCAAAGCGGAAGAAGCCGCGCACGUCCUUUUCCCGCUCGCAGGUGCUGGAGCUGGAGCGGCGCUUCCUGCGCCAGAAGUACCUGGCCUCGGCCGAGAGGGCGGCGCUGGCCAAGGCCUUGCGCAUGACAGACGCACAGGUCAAGACCUGGUUCCAGAACCGGCGCACCAAGUGGCGGCGCCAGACGGCCGAGGAGCGCGAGGCCGAGCGGCACCGAGCGGGUAGGCUGCUCCUGCACCUGCAGCAGGACGCGCUCCCACGGCCGCUGCGGCCGCCGCUGCCCCCGGACCCACUCUGCCUGCACAACUCAUCGCUCUUCGCGCUGCAGAACCUGCAGCCCUGGGCAGAGGACAACAAAGUGGCUUCCGUGUCCGGGCUGGCCUCGGUGGUGUGAUCUGCGCCGCCAGAUGGACCCGGCGCGUGGACUCUGGCGACCGAAGUAUGAGAAGCAGCAGAACUUGUGACACCGUCGAGGGCUCCUUGGCCACCCGCCGGCAUCCAGGCCAGCAGCGAGCAGAUGCCGGCGCGAUCCAACGCGGCCUUUCCCGCCAUUUUUCACUAAAGACCUGUUAAACAGCUGCUGGGACAAGAGCCCCCCAGAGGGCGGGACCUGCAGGACAGUAGCCAAUGAGGUGUGUGUGGGGGGACUUGGGGGGCGGUUGGCCAGCCCGUGGCCUCAGAGGUCUCCGCCAAGCUACAAGGCCAGCAGUGCUGGGCAAGGGGUGGCUGCAGCCAGGGCUGUUUUGGGUCUAUAUACCAAAGGUGUGAAGGAAGUUGCCCAGGAAGCAGAGGAAGAGGAAGAGCCAGAGAUGAAAAUCUGGCUCACUGUGACAGGGAUCAGAGGGUUGUCCAUGCCCAGCAUCCCGCCCCACAACUGUAAAACAAUUAUUAAGGAUUC